UUCUGAGUGGCAGUCAGAUCAUAAUGCGUGAAAUCGUACACUUGCAGAUUGGGCAGUGCGGAAACCAGAUCGGAUCAAAGUUUUGGGAGGUGAUUGGUGAGGAACAUGGCAUUAACAGUGUGGGAACAUAUGAAGGUGACACUGACCUGCAGCUGGAGAGAGUCAACGUCUAUUUUAACGAAGCACAUGGUAAAAAAUCUAUAUUCAAUACCAGUGGGAAGUAUGUUCCAAGAGCUUUGCUGGUUGAUUUGGAGCCUGGUACCAUGGACAGUGUGAGGGGAAGCAGAAUCGGAAAACUUUUCAGACCAGACAACUUCAUCCAUGGGAGUUCUGGUGCUGGAAACAACUGGGCCAAGGGUCACUACACGGAGGGGGCAGAGCUUGUGGAGCAGGUGGUGGAUCGUGUGCGGAAUGAGGCAGAGAGCUGUGAUUGCAUGCAGGGCUUCCAGUUUGUCCAUUCUCUGGGCGGAGGUACAGGCUCGGGCAUGGGAACACUGAUCAUCAACAAGAUCCGUGAGGAAUAUCCAGACCGCAUUAUGAACAGCUUCAGCAUCAUGCCUUCUCCCAAGGUCUCAGACACAGUGGUAGAACCCUACAAUGCCACACUGUCCAUCCACCAGCUGAUCGAGAACACAGACGAAACCUACUGCAUCGACAAUGAGGCGCUCUACGACAUCUGCUUCCGUACCCUUAAGCUCACGACACCUUCCUACGGUGACCUCAACCACUUGGUGUCACUGACCAUGAGCGGAGUCACCACCUCCCUGCGCUUCCCUGGCCAGCUCAACGCCGACCUCCGCAAGCUGGCUGUUAACAUGGUCCCUUUCCCCCGUCUUCACUUCUUCAUGCCCGGCUUUGCCCCCCUGACCGCACGUGGCAGUCAGCAGUACCGUGCCCUCACUGUGCCUGAGCUCACCCAGCAAAUGUUUGAUGCUCGAAACAUGAUGACCGCCUGUGACCCACGCCGAGGCCGGUACCUGACUGUAGCUGGGGUGUUUCGUGGCCGAAUGUCCACCAAAGAAGUAGAUGAGCAGAUGUUGGCCAUACAGCAGAAGAAUAGCAACUACUUUGUGGACUGGAUCCCACAUAACGUGAAGGUUGCAGUGUGUGACAUCCCACCCAGGGGGCUGAAGAUGGCCUCCACCUUCAUCGGUAACAAUACCGCAAUCCAAGAAAUCUUCCGUCGCAUUGGCGAGCAGUUCUCUGUGAUGUUCCGACGUAAGGCUUUCCUACACUGGUAUACCGGCGAAGGAAUGGAUGAGCUGGAAUUCACCGAAGCCGAGAGUAACCUGAAUGAUCUGGUCUCUGAGUACCAGCAAUACCAGGAUGCUACGGCAGACCUGGACUGGGAGCCUGAUGAGGACAUACCAGAGGAGGAGGUGCCGUCAUCAUCCGCAGUCACGAUGCAGCGGACAGUGGAGGUAAAGACUGAGACUGUAACAGAAACAACUCGACAGCUGGAUGACAUGUAAACUGCUGCUGUAUACAGCUGAGUGCCAUGGGGUCAGGGCUGUGAUAGUGGUGAGAACAUUUUGUACCAGCACAGAGUCUCUGAUGAAUUAUUUCCCCGGUGUGUAAACCAGUACACUUAAAUGCAUGUAUAAAAUGCACAGUACCCACUCACAAUAAGGUUUAAGAAUUUAACUGAGUGAAUGUAAAAGCGUGUAAAGGGAAUGUCUGCCUGUAGAUUUCCCUGCUAAAACAUUCUGCUGUAGAGGGCAUACCUUAAGGACCAAUAGCUUUCAUAACAAAGUUCUGUAUGGCCGUGCUGUCUCUAUCAUACAAUGCCAGUACUUCGUUGUUUUUUAUUUCAGUUAGUGAAAAGCUCUGUAGGAAUCUUGCAAGCAAAAGCACAGCUGAGUUGCUAUUGCUUAUGACUGCUUUGCUUACCAGAGUGGCGACAUUUUUAUUGAAAUC